UGACGUCCUGUUUUGUGCAUAAACCGGCCUACUUGCUAGAAAUUUCGUGAACUUCGGAGGCGUGCGAGAAGGGAAUAUAAAUUAUUAGGUACAGGAGACAUUAUUAUUCGCCGUUAUCAGUUUUCACAAGUUAAAAUGGCAACACAUGUAGCUACUAACGUGGCAAAGCGAUUGAUUCCUCUUUUGGAUAGAGUAUUGAUUCAGAAAGCUGAAGCUGUAACAAAGACAAAGGGAGGUAUUGUUAUUCCAGAAAAGGCCCAGGCCAAGGUCUUGCGUGGAACAGUUGUUGCAGUUGGACCUGGUUCUAGAAAUCAGAAAGGGGAACUUGUCCCAUUGUCUGUGAAAGUUGGGGACCAAGUGUUGUUGCCCGAAUAUGGUGGUACAAAAGUGGAGCUGGAGGAAAAUAAUGAAUUCCAUCUCUUUAGAGAAUCUGACAUACUUGCCAAGUUGGAGUCAUGAAUCUUCAGCUGUCCCAAAUAGCAGGCAGCAUUCAAAUAUAUUAGUUAAUAUGGGAGAACAUCAUGAUUUAGGCAGACAUUCUUUAUUGCUAAUGAAAGUUUGAGAGAAUAUGUUAUGAAUGUGGUAUAUAUGUGGGGUAAAAAGACAUGUGAGUGGUAACUGUUAUACAAAAUGUUGUAAGUUAACCCUAAAUUUAGGGUUUACUUCUUUUUAUGUUUAGAAUAUAACUUUGUAUUUGUUUCAUUAUUAAAACUGCAUUUAAAGUCUUCA